CAGUUUUUCAACCACACCAUGUUCGUCCUGAGCAAGAGGAGUACAAGAAGGAGGGAAUCGUCUGGGCCUUCAUUGACUUCGGCAUGGACUUGGCUGCCUGCAUUGAGCUUAUUGAGAAGCCAUUGGGCAUAUUCUCCAUCCUUGAAGAGGAGUGCAUGUUCCCCAAGUCUUCAGACACUACCUUCAAGACAAGCUGUACGCCCAGCAUCUUGCAAAAACAAAGGCGUUUGAGAAGCCCAAGCCUGCCAAAGGCAAGGCAGAGGCCCACUUCUCCCUGGUGCACUACGCCCGGUACUGUGACUACAACAUCACUGGCUGGCUGGAGAAGAACAAGGAUCCCCUGAAUGACUCAGUUGUCAGCUGUAUGGGAAGUCCCCAGUCAAAAUUUGGCUGCCCUGUAUCCCCCUCCCCCUCCUGAGGAUAAAGCCAAGAAAGGAGGCAAGAAGAAGGGUGGUUCCAUGCAGACAGUGUCCUCCCAGUUCAGGGAGAACUUACAUAAGCUGAUGACCAACUUGAGGAGCACUCAUCCUCACUUUGUGCGCUGGCCUGAUCCCCAACGAGUCAAAGACUCCAGGUCUGAUGGAGAACUUCCUGGUUAUCCACCAGCUCAGGUUAAUGGUGUACUGGAGGGAUCAGGAUCUGCAGAAAGGGCUUCCCCAGCAGAAUCAUCUUAUGCUGACUUCAAGCAGAGGUACAAAGUACUGAAUGCCAGUGUCAUCCCUGAGGGCCAGUUCAUGGACAACAAGAAGGCUUCUGAGAAGCUGCUUGGGUCCAUUGAUGUGAAUCACGAGGAUUACAAGUUUGGACACACCAAGGUCAGUCAAACACCCCCAGUAAAAGAUGACAACAAAACACAACUUGAAUAAUAAUUUAAACCCAUA